CUGGUAGAAGAUCUGCAUCAGGGCGGCCAAUAGGCAGCAGCUUUAGUGUCAUUGUAAAGUGAAAGUAGGUGGAUAGAAAGAAAAAAAACAACAAACGCACACGGAAGGCGCAGACUUAUAUCUCCUUACGUGUGUUAAAGAGCUGGCGUCGAAAUCAGUGCUUGCAUACUAUGGCGCUGUGGGCGCAAAUGACCCCGCGGUUACAGUACCUGCCAAAUCAGACACUGAAUGAACUCUACCCGGACACAUUCCCUCUGGACGUCAGGCACUAUCUGGCCAGCUGGAUAGAGGAACAGAGAUGGGAGACCUUUGAUGUGGAUAACAGGGAGCAAGAGCCUCAGGCUCGAAGGCUGUUGGAUCAGAUGAUGCAUUUGCUGCAGGAAGUGGCCCAACUCAACCCUAACGUGGUGGAGAGGGUCAAACUACAACAUAUCAGCCGGAACUUGAGUGUGUUCCAGCCACAACCCAUGCAACUUGUGAGGAUAGUUCGAGAUAUUCUAAGGAAAGAAAGACACUUAUUAGCGCAGGCGAGUAUGCAUCCUAACUUCGCAUCCUUCCAGCAAAUUCCUCAGGCACCUCCAGCUAUCAAUGGCACCCCACAACCUGCAAGGGAGGAUGGGAAGACUGAUGUGGACAAUCUGAUGGUCCAAGUUUUGGAAAUUCAGAACCUCCGUCAAACACUCCAUCAGCUUCAGGAGGAUUUGAACUGGGAAAAGCAGGAACUGGAGUCGAUUCAAGGUCAAAAUGAGCUGGAUCCACAGCAUUCGGAUCAAGUAGCUAGACAGACUCGCAUACAACAGCUUGAAUACAACUAUUCAGUCUGUGCAAAGAAGCGCGUUCAGCUCCUUCACGUGACCUUGUGUGCUCUGGAACAGUGCCAGUCCUGUCUUAUUCUCAGAAUUAAGUCCUGGAGGUGGGAACAGCAUCGAGCAACCAUUGGCAUGCACUUCGAUGACAACCUUGGCCCUCUUCAGACAUGGUGUGAGCAGUUGCUUAUAGUAAAUGGUAACCUGAGGCAGGAGCUCAUGUUGGUGAACCGAGACCACGGAGGGGCUGAGUGUCACAAAUUGCAGGAAAGCCUGGCACAUCUGCUCCAGACUCUCAUACAGAGUUCAUUGGUAGUAGAUAAGCAGCCUCCCCAGGUCAUCAAAACCCAAUCCAAGUUUUCCACCACUGUACGGUAUCUGCUCGGAGAGAAGAUGGCCCCCGGGAAACCCGUCCUGUUGAAGGCUCAGAUUAUUACUGAGGCUCAAGCGAGAAACCUGGGUCAACAAGGUGUCGUACCCAAUGAAAAUGUAGGAGAACUUAUCAACAGCACAGCCAUAUUAGAGCACAACACUUCAAGCAAGAGCACAUGUGCUACUUUUAGAAACAUGUCCAUAAGGAGGAUCAAACGAGCUGACAGGAAGGGCUCUGAGUCAGUGACGGAGGAAAAGUUUGCUUUGUUGUUUACCACAGAAAUAACCAUCACGGGCUGUGAGAGCCCUUAUAGCAUUCAGGCAAUCUCUCUUCCUGUGGUUGUAAUUGUACAUGGUAGUCAGGAAAUCAAUGCUAUGGCAACCAUCAUAUGGGACUGUGCCUUUUCUGAACCUAACAGGAUACCUUUCGUCAUUCCGGAUCGUGUGCCCUGGAACAAGAUGUGUGAAGCUCUUAGCAGUAAGUUCAUGUCUGAAGUGCAGACGCACCAGUGCUUGGACAGAUACAAUCUUCACUUUCUCGCCCAGAAGAUCUUUGACCAACCAGACAUCUCUGAAGAUUUCAGCAAAAUGCCAGUGUCCUGGGCUCAGUUCAACAAGGAAGUUCUGCCUGGUCGAAACUUCACCUUCUGGCAGUGGUUUGAAGGGGUGAUGGAUCUUACAAAGAAAUGCCUGAGAGACUAUUGGACUGAUGGACUCAUCUUUGGCUUCAUUGGAAAACAGCAUCUCCAUGUCAUCCUGCAAAACAAACCCAGCGGCACCUUUCUUUUGCGCUUUAGUGACUCAGAGAUUGGUGGCAUCACCAUCGCCUAUGUGGGUCCCGCUGAAAAUGGAGGCAGAAAAAUCCAGAAUAUCCAACCCUUCACCAAGAAGGAUCUGGACUCAGCUGGCCUUGGCGACCGCAUACGGGACAUUAACUGCAUCACUCACGUGUAUCCAGACUUACCAAAGAAUGAAGUAUUUAAGAAAUUCUUUACAGUACCUUCUCCCCCUAAUCCUGAUGGAUACCUGCCAUUCAAACUAACAACAGUAGUCAACCCAGGAGACCAGGGUUCCUCCACCGCUAGCAUACCACCUGACACUCCUAUGGAUAUAUUUGGGCAACCUAUGAGCAGUGUCUUUGGGUAAACAUAUAAACAUUAUUUAAGCCACACUGUCACAGUAUUUUACAAGUCUUUAUUAUAUGUUAUAUAAAAAAUUUAU